AUGAACAGUGUCAGAUUUUGGGCGCUCUUUGGAGCGUUUCUAGGGUGCAGCCUCGUUCAAGAAACAUUCGCUCGACCUCCAAGUGAUAUUGAAGAAACGGCCCGCCUCUAUGAUUUUCUCGAGAAGUACGGCUACUUUGAUCACUUCCCAUCUAAGGCUGAAGGCAAACUCCCAACCAUGAGCGAACAACGGCAAGCGAUCCAGGCCAUGCAGCGGAUGGCCGGCAUACCCCAGACCGGGGAAAUUAACCAGAUGACGGCCGAGAUGCUGAGCAAGCCCCGCUGCGGUGUCAAAGACGCAAACCCCCGUGACGUGGUCAAAGGGCCGGGCCGGCGCGGCAGGCGGUACUCCGUGCUGGGCGACCCUUACAAAUGGACGGACAAGACGGAUCUCACUUACAAAAUCAUGAAUUAUCCCGGCGAGAACUCCCCAGACUUGACCCGCGAACAGGUGGACGAAGACAUCCGCGCCGCCUUCAAGGUCUGGAGUGACGUCACCCCGCUCACCUUCACCGAGAUCCACAGCGACGACGCGGACAUCAGGCUGCUCUUCGGCGGGCGAGCUCACACCAGAGUGCGCGGGGACCCGCCCUUCGACGGCCCAGGGGGCACCCUGGCCCACGCCUUCACCCCGAACUCCGGCUGGGGCGAGACGGACGGAGACGUGCACUUGGACGACGACGAGACUUUCACCAAAGGAGUGUACAGAGGUACCAACCUGUUCUACACGCUGGCUCACGAGAUCGGCCACGCCCUAGGUUUGUUCCAUUCUGAAGAGCUUGACUCCCUGAUGUGGCCCUACGAUCGCGGAUACAUCCCGGACUACAAGCUCCCACAGGACGACAUCUUGGGCGUCCAAAGUCUUUAUGGACCCAACCCUAACCCGCCUGCAACAACUGACCCGCCGGUGACCGUGAACCGUCUGUAUUGCGAAACCACUUUCGAUGCGACGGCUUUCAUUGACAGCGAGUACUUCAUGUUCGGGAGUGGGAUGAUGUGGAGGUUUGAUUCCGACCGUAAUCUGCUCUCUCCUCCCGAGGGUCAAUCUCCCCGGGAUAUCUUCCCCAAGUUCCCGUCAGGUGUCAGGGCCGUCUACCAGGAAGGCCGGAGUGGAAACGUCAUCGUACUCAAAGCCAAGAACUACUGGGUGUACGAGAAGUCAUCGUCCUGGUCUGGUGCCUCGCCGCAGUACCAACUGAAGGACAUCAACCCGGACACAGACACGGACUUCCCGCAAAACGUCAGGGAUCUAGGCUUCCCCAAGUCCGUCUCGGGGGUGGUGCACCUAGCGGAUGUCGGUUUCUCCUACUUGAUCAAGGCCAAGAGGGUGUUAACCUUCGACGAAUACAGGCUGGAACUCUCCGAGAGCUCGGCCAAGGUCAAGAAUAUCUUCGAGGGAAUUUCUGAACGGCCAACCUCGGCUUUUUUCGCCCAAGGUUUUGCUAACGUUCUGGUUGGGCAAGAGUACUACCGUUACGUCUACGACUACAAGACGUCAUCGUUUGUCGCCCUCAACGACUACCCGAGAAACUUCGCCGAGGAGUUUCUGCGUUGCCCUGCAGCAUAAUCUGGAAGGCGAAAACCAGACUUGAAAGUGUUGGCCAAAAAUGUGGAUUGGUGCGGAAAGGAUUUGUAAAUAAGAGACUUUCGAAUGAUUAUUUUGUGCUAGCAAGUUAACUUAUACCACUUACAUAAUGUAUUUAUUAAUGUACUGUUUUGUGAAAUAUUUAUGUAAUUUAUAUUUAUUCAGAUUUUCGUCUUAUAAAAUCAACUGAAAGCCAUGGGCUUGUGAUUGUAUUUUUAUUAAUUGUUAUUAUGGCGUCUGUAAUAAUGACUGACUUAAAAAGUCGCCGGCAAAAGUCUGUAGGCAAUAUUAUUGGAUGCAACAACAAUUUCAGAAAGUUGUCUUUCAAAAAAGCGAAAAACUCGCUUCUAUAUAAAAAACAUAGAAGACAUGUACCAAAUUUUGAAAACUAAAUAAAUAACACAUGUAUCUCUGCAUAAUUUCUGGAAACUCCUUAUAUCACGUUUAUGUUCACACCUUUUUGUCUCAAUUGUCUCUCAGAUUCGACUUUUACUGGGGUUUUCCUCACAAACUAUAAUAAUACAAACGAACGAGCUUUCAGCUGCAUUAUAUUAAUGUUCAUGCAAAGAAAUAAACCGUGCAUUUGCGGAAGACCACAA